AUGGCCGAAUCUACUAGCCCCCGCUUCUCUACAAACGACGUCACUGUCGUCUUCUUCCUCGGAGGCCCUGGUAGCGGAAAGGGUACCCAAUCCGCCAACCUAGUUAAGGACUAUGGCUUCGUCCACCUUUCCGCCGGUGACCUUCUGCGCGCCGAACAAAUCCGCGAGGGCAGCCAAUACGGCAGCUUGAUCAAGGAAUAUAUCCGUGAAGGCAAGAUCGUGCCUAUGGAAGUUACCGUCGCUCUUCUCUCGAACGCAAUGGCUGAUUCGCUGGCCUCAUCUCCCCCGCCCGCUGGUACUAAGGCGCGAUUCCUGAUCGAUGGAUUCCCGCGUAAGCUGGACCAGGCUGUUUUCUUUGAGGCUACCGUUUGCCCUUCGGAGGUUGUGCUGUUCCUUGAUUGUCCUGAGGCUGUUAUGGAGACUCGUCUGCUGAAGCGUGGAGAGACGAGUGGUCGGGAUGAUGAUAAUGCCGAGUCUAUUCGCAAGCGCUUCCGUACUUUUGUUGAGACUUCUAUGCCUGUUGUGGAUGAUUUUGAGAAGAAGGGGAAGGUUGUUAAGGUUCAGGCUACUGGAUCAGUUGAGGAUGUUUAUGCUCAGGUUAAGACUGGAAUUGAGGCUCGCAAUGUUCACCCUCGUUGA